UUGUCUCAAUCAUGGCAAGCGUUCACUCAUUUUUGAAGGAUAUUAAUCUCGAAAAUUACGCUUCCCUCUUAAUUGGUCAAGGAUAUUUUGAUGAACAAGAUAUUUUUUUACUUACCAGUGAAGAUUUAGAUGCCGUACAUAUAAUGGACCAUGCAGAGAGAUCUACCAUCUUAAACGCGGUUGCGCAGAUUGAUAUAUCCACAUGGCUGACAUACUACAAACUAGAAGAGUACGAGAGAUAUUUCAGAAAACAUAAAAUAACAACAGUGAAUGAACUAAAGAAAUGUGUAAUGUGCGACGAUUUGAUGGACGAACUGGAGGUGAUGGUACCUGGUCAUAGAAAGAGACUGAGAAUGGCAGCAAGCCACAUUUGCCUGUCAGCCAACAGCGAAGAUACGGUGACGACAACGCGGCAACCGGUAGCGUACGGGUAUUGGGGUAAGAACGACGCUGUUCCUACCUUUACCAGCGAUUUUCUUUGGGUAAACGAGUGUAAAAUCAAAUCAAACGUAACAGGACACGACUCUGUUGAAUUACUCAACUGUUUAGUGGACACAGGAAGUGAGGUGGUCACCAUUAGUGAAAAUAUUUUACCUGAACUGGACCUAGAGUUUCUACAAACCAUCAAAAGCAAAGGAAUCCACAAAGUCGAGGAGAAACCUCUCUACCGUGGAGUGUUGUUGUUUGGAAACAAGGAAAUUGAAGUCGAUGUAAUGCCAGACAGUUAUAAUUCAAUUGGAUGCAACGUAUUUCAAAAGUUUUCCCACUUCAUAAAUGGGCGAAAUCAUAUAUGGUUAGAUUCUCCUCGGCCUGUUUCAUCAGCUGACUAACCCCGUUCUUCCUGGUGAUAAGCGCGUUAUACCCAAAGAAGAAACCUGGAAAACCAGUACCAAGACAAGUCAUUACCAUUGACUGCAGGCUCGACCAGGUGACGAACCUGUUCCACUGGAAAAGAAUCUGCACAAGUUGGGUUUUAAAAAACAAUGAUAUUCUAAGACAAUCGUUUACAUGAAACAGAGCAUUGUUGGAUUUUAUUGUACAUUUGUCAUUUCUAAAUUCGUUAGUUUUUGCAUUUCAAUUUUUUCAAUUAAAUCGUCAAGUUUAGAAAAUGUAUUCCGAUAAUAAAUUA